UACAGAUAUUAUAAAAAAGACUUAGGAGUUUUCUAAUGGCUGUUUGUUAUUCUGUAUCUGCCAUUGCUAUUGUGUCAACAUUUUUAACUAUCUUUUCACUUUCUCUUUUCUUGAAUUCGAAUACCAAGCUCUUCAAUGAGGUAAGCUUAUUAGGAACAAACGAAUGUGAUAUUUACAAAGGGAGUUGGGUUUUUGAUGACUCGUAUCCCCUCUAUAAUUCAUCCACGUGUCCCUUCAUUGGGGACACAAGGGAUUGCCAAAAGAAUGGACGACUAGAUAAAGAAUAUUUAAAAUAUAGAUGGCAGCCCUAUGGAUGUAAUUUGCCAAGAUUUAAUGGAACCGAAUUAUUGUUAAAAUACAAAGGGAAGCGAAUCAUGUUUGUUGGAGAUUCACUAGGUCAAAAUCAGUGGUAUUCCCUUGCUUCUAUGCUUCAUGUAUCACAACCACAAGCCAAGUAUAUCGUUGAUAGAAAUGGAAGGCAUUAUACAUUCACCAUUCCGGAAUACAAUAUUUGGUUACUAUAUCUUGGGAAUCCUCUCAUUGUUGACAUUGCCACGAAUAAAGGCUCAAGAGUACUGAAGAUUGAUUCCAUUAGUUCGGGAAAUGUCUGGAAACAAAUGGAUGUGUUGGUGUUUGAUACAUGGCAUUGGUGGAAUCGCACAGGAACUAGACAAACUUGGAAUAUCAUUCAAGAAGGGAAUACAACGUACAAAGAUAUGGACAGAUUAGAACUUUACGAGAAAGCAAUAAAUACAUGGGCAAAAUGGGCUGAUUCUAAUCUUAACUCCACAAAAACAAAAGCCUUCUUUCAAGGAGUUUCUCCUGACCAUAAGGAAUGUGAAGGAAAAACAAGACCACUGCAAAGUAUAGGAGGUUUAUAUCCAGGAGAAAUGGAACUGGAGAAUGCUUUGAAAACCAUGUCAAACUCAUUUGUUCGUUUGAUCAACAUAACGAGCUUGUCACAGUAUAGAGCAGACGGUCAUCAAUCCGUCUAUAGUUAUAAUCAUAUGGACUGCCUCCACUGGUGUCUACCUGGUGUCCCUGAUACUUGGAAUCAACUCCUUUAUCACCUUCUUAUUUCCUAGUUUUAGUAUAUUUUGCUUUGUUUUAAUAUAUUUUUGUUUAAACUUCGCUUGAAAAUUUACACAAAAUUAUAGUCCCUUUAAACCUGGGAAAUGAAUUUUGGCAAUUCUGAGUAUCUUUUCGUCUAACUUUUCUACUACCUCUAAGAGGAAAAGCAAGUUCACCUGAUACUUAAUGAUCAUAUUAUACGUUCAAGACUAUAGCUCUUACUUUUAAUUUGAUGAAAUUUAGCUAGCUAUAGCAAGGACCAUAUGUAGGCUGUCCUGUAUUAAUAUGCUCAUCUUUAUAUGUUAAAUAAAAUGAGGGGUUUACUGUA